AUGAAGAGGUCAUGGAUGGAUGGUAAUAUGUUACAAACAGAGCUUGCAUUCCAUAAGCCACAUUUUAGUGACUUGGAGGGGGAUGGGAGACGUGAUAUUUAUGAGGAGGCGGAGUAUAUAGAGGAACACAGGGGUCUGUACAAGGCGAUGAUGAUGGAGAAUCUCCGGCCCCUCACAUCACUGGAUGGACCCAGUAACAGAGAUACCCCAGAGAGAUGUCCCCGUCCUCUGUAUUCCCAGGAUUGUACAGAGGAGAAUCACAGGACCCCACAGGAGGAUCAGGUAGAACGUCUGUCUAAUACUAAAAUACAAGAUAUAGAGGGAGAAAAAGAGACGUAUGUGACUGAUAUAAAGGCAGAAGAUAUAGAGGGAGAAGAAGAGACGUAUGUGACUGAUAUAAAGGCAGAAGAUAUAGAGGGAGAAGAAGAGACGUAUGUGACUGAUAUAAAGGCAGAAGAUACAGAGGGAGUAGAAGAGACAUAUGUGACUGAUAUAAAGACAGAAGAUACAGAGGGAGAAGAAGAGACGUAUGUGACUGAUAUAAAGACAGAAGAUAUAGAGGGAGAAGAAGAGACGUAUGUGACUGAUAUAAAGGCAGAAGAUAUAGAGGGAGAAGAAGAGACGUAUGUGACUGACAUAAAGACAGAAGAUAUAGAGGGAGAAGAAGAGACGUAUGUGACUGAUAUAAAGACAGAAGAUACAGAGGCAGAAGAAGAGACGUAUGUGACUGAUAUAAAGGCAGAAGAUAUAGAGGGAGAAGAAGAGACGUAUGUGACUGAUAUAAAGGCAGAAGAUAUAGAGGGAGAAGAAGAGACGUAUGUGACUGAUAUGAAGGCAGAAGAUAUAAGGAGAGAAGAAGAGACGUAUGUGACUGAUAUAAAGGCAGAAGAUAUAGAGGGAGAAGAAGAGACGUAUGUGACUGAUAUGAAGACAGAAGAAAUAGAGGGAGAAGAAGAGACGUAUGUGACUGAUAUAAAGGCAGAAGAUAUAGAGGGAGAAGAAGAGACGUAUGUGACUGAUAUAAAGGCAGUAGAUAAAGAGGGAGAAGAAGAGACGUAUGUGACUGAUAUAAAGGCAGAAGAUAUAGAGGGAGAAGAAGAGACGUAUGUGACUGAUAUGAAGACAGAAGAAAUAGAGGGAGAAGAAGAGACGUAUGUGACUGAUAUAAAGGCAGAAGAUAUAGAGGGAGAAGAAGAGACGUAUGUGACUGAUAUAAAGGCAGAAGAUACAGAGGCAGAAGAAGAGACGUAUGUGACUGAUAUAAAGGCAGAAGAUAUAGAGGGAGAAGAAGAGACGUAUGUGACUGAUAUGAAGGCAGAAGAUACAGAGGGAGAAGAAGAGACGUAUGUGAGGGGUGAUCAGCAGUGUAAGGAGGAGGAGAUCCCUACAGAUAUCAAUGAUGCAGGUAUGAAAUAUUUCCUGCUAUACAGUAGACCUGAGGUCACCAAAUACAAUUUGCAUAAGAUUCAGAAAUAA